AUGUCUACUAUUCUCGACAAAUCUUUGGACGACAUUAUUUCCACUAGAAGAACCAAGAAGCCCCAGGGCAAGAAGAAGGCCGUUGGUAAGGGCGUUGGUAAAGUGCAAAAGAAGCAGCAGCCUGUUUCCUUCCAGAAGGUUGCCAAGAAGGUCGCUGUUCCUCAGCCAAAACAGUCUUUGGACUUGACUUAUGCCACCAAGGUGGUUGCACAGGGCUUGCCCCGUGACUUGAAGCAAGACGCUAUCAAGUCGCAGGUUGGAGGUGUGUCGCAGGUUUCGAUGAACUACAACGAAAAGGGUCAAUUUAGAGGUGUUGCUACCAUCGUGUUCAAGUCUCACAAGAACGCUGUGCUGGCUGUGGAGAAGUACAACAAUGCUCCUAUCGACGGCGGUAAGUCCAAGUUGAAGAUGGAGUUGAUUGUUGACCCAACCAAGAAGCCAUUGGCAUCUAGAAUUAGUGCUAACCAGCCUCAGCCAGUUGAGAAGGCUCAGCAGCAGAAGAAGCAACACGCCCUCAAGCAAAAGGUACAGCAGAAGAGACAGCAGCUCCAGAAGAAGGCUGCUAAGCCAGCUAAGGCCAAGCCAGCCAAGCCAGCUAAGAAGACUGCCGAGCAGUUGGACCAGGAGAUGUCUGACUACUUCAACAACUAA